UCCUCUUGGGGAAAGCCUGGGGUGUUCCAGGGUCAGCCAGGAAAUAUAGUCCCUCCAGUGUGUCCUGCACCAUCCCCUGGGACACAUCUCAUGGGAUGUGCCUGAAACACCUCCCGAGGAAUGCAUCCAGGAGGCAUCAGACACAAAUGUCAGAGCCACCACAGCUGAUUCCUCACCUGGCAAUGGAGAAGCAGCUCUACUCCAAGCUUCUCCCAGAUGAGUUCAGCCGAUUCCUACACUAGUCGACCCUCUGAUUCCGACCUGUCCCUGGAGGAAGACCAGGAGGCGUCUCGGCGUGAAGCCGAGCGCCAGGCUCAGCUGCAGCUGGAAAGAGCCAAGUCCAAGCCAGUAGCAUUUGCAGUGAAAACCAAUGUGAGUUACUGUGGGGCCCUUGAUGAAGAUUGUCCAGUCCAAGGUGCUGCUAUUAAUUUUGAAACCAAAGACUUUCUGCACAUAAAAGAGAAAUACAACAAUGACUGGUGGAUUGGUCGACUGGUGAAAGAAGGGGCUGACAUCACAUUCAUUCCAAGCCCGGUAAAACUGGAAGCCAUGCGGAUAAAACAAGAACAGAAAGCAGCUGCCAGGAAAGGAGGGAACGCAUCAUCAGGAGGCUGGAGGUCCACCCCUCCAUCUGCAGCCAAACAGAAGCAGAAACAGACUGAGCAUGUUCCUCCCUAUGAUGUGGUUCCUUCCAUGAGGCCAGUGGUGCUGGUGGGCCCUUCACUGAAAGGCUAUGAGGUGACCGACAUGAUGCAGAAAGCCUUGUUUGACUUCCUUAAACACCGAUUUGAUGGCAGGAUCACUAUUACACGGGUGACCGCUGAUCUGUCUCUGGCGAAGCGGUCGGUGUUGAACAAGAAGGCCAUAAUGGAGAGAUCCAACACCCGCUCCAGUCUCGCUGAAGUCCAGAGUGAGAUAGAGAGGAUUUUCGAGUUGGCAAAGUCUCUUCAGCUGGUUGUCCUGGAUGCAGAUACCAUCAAUCAUCCGGCCCAGCUCCUUAAAACUUCUCUGGCUCCAAUUAUUGUCUACGUUAAAGUCUCCUCACCCAAAGUUCUUCAGAGGCUGAUAAAGUCUCGAGGAAAGUCCCAAAGCAAGCACCUCAAUGUCCAGAUGAUGGCCGGAGACAAGCUGGCUCAGUGUCCUCCUGAGAUGUUUGAUGUGAUCCUGGAUGAGAAUCAGCUUGAGGAGGCAUGCGACCACCUUGCAGAGUACCUAGAAAUUUACUGGAGAGCUACACAUCUUCCAUGCUCUGCCCCAGUUAAUGCUUUACAAGACCAAAAUCUAGUCACCCCACCUUCAGCUAACUCCAGUCAGCAGUUUUCAGAGACUCAAGAGUUGAUAGAAUGAUCCCAGCCCCAGAUGUAGGAGCAGCCUGUGCGAUCAGCAGCAGUCAGAAUAGUCAAGACACAAACAGCAGGGACCACCAGGGGGCAGCAGCGGUCCUCCUCUUGUUAAAUCCAGUCACUACCUUCUGCACAUCUUCUAAAGAGAAAGGAGCAGGGUCAUUGUAAUGAUUAAAAGAGCAGAAGGCUGGUGAGCUGGGGGAGAAGAAGAAAUAAACACAGGGAGGAAGAUGAAGAUGCAACCAACCGCAGCCUCACUGCUGCCCCAGGGGUUAGAUAUCCCUGCUCCCACACCAUCAAGUGAUAACUCAGGGUUUCUGCAGUGUCAAAAGCACUGGUCAGGAGACUGGUGGAACAGCACAGUCACUGUUCACCUUCUAACCACCAAUCCUCCCAUGUCAGCCUUCCUCCUAUUAAGACACUAAAAAUUGAUCCGUAAUUCAUCUCUCACUGGAGAUGCAUCACACAAAUAAAGGGUUAAAACAUGUUAGUCCAUGGUAAAGCUGGUAAAGAAAAGCUGUUAGCACAACGUCCAUGUUUCCAGUGUAAGGCUCCUAGGGUUUAAUGUCUGAUACACCUUGCUUCCCUUUCUGGUGAGGAGGAGCAGAGAGUGACAGAAAAUCAAUUCUGUAUGUCUUCCAUGUCUGCAGCUUUAAGUGAGCUGUCAUUUCAAAUGUUAAACUCAAAUCCUUCCUUAAAAGAACGAUUGCUUCUGCCAGAGUCAUUGCAUGGACA